GCGCGGCGCUGCUGGGGCGCUAGGGGCGGGGCCGCUCGGCCCUUUAAACCUUCCAGGGCCGCUCCGAGGGCCGCAGGCAGAGACCGCGCCACGAGGGGCCGAGCGGGGCGCGGCGGCGGCGACGGCGACUGCGGGGCGCUCCGGGGAGGCCUGGGCCGCUGAUGGUUUUGGUGAAGUAUCUUAAGGCAGCUGGGCCGGCCCCCUCUUUCCCACCUACCUCUUGUCCUUCCCCCCACACCACCACCACCCUGGCUCCCCUCCCUCAUGACCGCCUGGAUCCUCCUUCCUGUCAGCUUGUCAGCAUUCUCCAUCACGGGCCUAUGGACUGUGUAUGCCAUGGCCGUGAUGAACCGCCACGCGUGCCCUGUGGAGAACUGGUCCUACAACGAAUCCUGCUCUCCUGACCCCGCCGAACACGGGGGCCCCAAGACCUGCUGCACCUUGGAUGACAUCCCGCUCAUCAGCAAGUGUGGCACAUAUCCACCCGAGAGCUGCCUCUUCAGCCUCAUUGGCAACAUGGGUGCUUUCAUGGUGGUCCUGAUCUGUCUGCUGCUGUAUGGGCAGCUCCUGGAGCAGAGUCGUCAUUCCUGGGUCAACACCACGACACUCAUCACUGGCUGCACCAAUGCUGCGGGCCUCGUGGUGGUUGGCAACUUCCAGGUGGAUCAUGCGAAGUCUCUGCACUACAUCGGAACUGGUGUGGCCUUCCCCGCCGGGCUGCUCUUCGUCUGCCUGCACUGUGCCCUCUCUUACCAUGGGGCCACUGCCCCCCAGGACCUGGCUAUGGCCUACCUGCGGAUUGUGCUGGCAGCCAUCGCCUUUGUCACCCUAAUCCUCAGCGGUGUCUUCUUUAUGCAUGAGAGCUCUCAGCUGCAACAUGGGGCAGCCCUGUGCGAGUGGGUAUUUGUGAUUGACAUCCUGAUUUUCUACGGCACCUUCAGCUAUGAGUUCGGGGCAGUGUCCUCAGAGACGCUGGUGGCAGCCCUGCAGCCUGCCCCUGGCCGGGCCUGCAAGUCCUCUGGGAGCAGCAGCACCUCCACUCGCCUCAACUGUGCUCCUGAAAGCAUCGCCAUGAUCUGAGGUCUGGGGAGGGUGGCUGGCCCAGCCUCAGCAGCUCCCCACCUCAUUAACUUUGCAUUUAUUUUGUACCAAAAACGAUGUUGAAAAAGUAUUCUGCUGGGAUAGGGUUCCUUGCUGCUGAAGGAACCACCAUCCCACACCCACCUGUGCCACAGCGGAGCGGGCCAGGCAGCUGCGUGGGCUGCACACAAGCUACUCCCUGACUCUGCAGUGUUGUUUUUAUGAAAGGUCACAUAUCCUCACUCACCCAGCCAGCCCUUCAGGUGCCUUCUAUUCCCCAGUGCUGAGGCCACACCACUGGGAUUUCCUGCUGCAGGAAUUGGGGGCUGGUAACAGCAAGAGGGAUAGAAGUCAGGGAGUGGAGGGGGGGAGUACUACUUAGUCUGUGGGAAGGCCCUCUUUUGAGCCCACUGAGCUGCACUGGGAUUCUUCACUCUGCCCUUUACUUUCUUUUGGGCAAAUAAUACAGCAGAACCACAUGGGUAUUUUAGUACUUUUUUUUUAAUCUAUUAAAAGAAUUCUAAUUUGCA